AUGACAGACAAUACAGCAGGAGAAUCAAUUUUGAACUCCAGUUUUUCUGGAUCUCCUUAUGCUCAACCAAUUGACUUGCCGUCAUCCAUUGAUGAACUGAUCGACUACUCUGAGCACGAUCAGUCAGAGUACUCGGUGUCGAACAAUCUCUGGUACAAGGAGGCCAUAUUCUACGAAGUCUACGUUCGUGCCUUUAGUGAUGUAGAAGGCACUGGUAACGGUGGUAUCUCUGGAAUCACUUCCAAACUCGAUUAUCUACAUUCGUUAGGUGUCGAUUGUAUUUGGUUACUUCCAAUAUAUCCUUCACCCUUAAAGGAUGAUGGAUAUGAUGUCGCAGACUACUGUGAUAUACAUCCAGACUAUGGAACACUGAAUGACUUUAAGAUCCUAGUCAAUGCUGUUCACGAGAGGAACAUGAAGAUCAUCGCCGACUUUAUUCCAAACCACUGUUCUGAACAACAUAAGUGGUUCCAAGCAGCAAGAAAGGACAGAAACUCACCCUACAGAGACUACUUUGUGUGGACCGAUGAUCCUAUUCUCUACAAAGAGGCUAGAAUCAUCUUUCUCGAUGUCGAACCUUCUAAUUGGACAUAUGACGAAGUGGCAGGUCAAUACUAUUGGCACAGAUUCUUUAAAGAACAGCCAGACUUGAACUUUGACAAUCCCAAGGUUCAAGAAGAGAUGCUCAACAUCAUGAAGUUUUGGUUGGACAUUGGUAUUGAUGGAUUCAGAGUUGAUGCAGUUCCCUACCUCUUUGAGCGUGACGGAACAUCAUGUGAGAACCUCCCAGAGACUCACAUCUUCCUCAAGACAAUGAGGAAGUUUGUCGAUGAUAACUACCCAGGAAGAAUAAUGUUGGCGGAGGCAUGUCAAAUGCCAAACGAAGUCAGGAAGUACUUUGGUGAAGGUGUUGGUGAUGAGUUCCACAUGGGAUUUCAUUUCCCGGUUAUGCCUAGGAUAUUCAUGGCAAUCAAACGAGGUGAAGGAAGUUGCCUCAAAGAGAUCAUGGACCAAACUCCAGAGAUACCAGCCACCUGUCAAUGGGUCACCUUUUUGAGGAACCAUGAUGAACUCACUUUGGAAAUGGUGACUCUGGAUGAGAGAAAGGAGAUGUGGUCUUUCUAUGCCCCAGAACCAAGAAUGAAGAUUAACCUUGGUAUAAGAAGGAGACUUGCACCGUUGCUUGGUAACGACCAAAGGAAAAUUGAGUUGGCCUACUCCCUCUUGUUUACUCUGCCAGGAUCACCUAUCAUCUACUAUGGUGAUGAGAUAUGUAUGGGAGACAACAUCUGGUUGGAAGAUCGUCAUGGAGUUCGAACACCAAUGCAAUGGAAUGACACUCCACCCAAUGGUGGCUUCUCAGAGUCCAAGAACUAUUGUUACUCCAAGGUGCUUGACGACCCAAUCUAUGGAUAUCAAAGAGUGAACGUCAAUGAUGCCCAGCGUGAUCCAAGUUCACUGUACAACAUUAUACGUACAAUGAUCAAUCGUCGUAGGAAACAUUUAGCCUUUGGACAUGGUACCUUUACAUACGUCCAGACAAACAAUAGCCACAUAUUUGCCUUCUUGAGGAUAUGUGGUAUUGACAAGAUGCUCUGUGUUCACAAUCUCUCUGACCAGCCACAAAAGGCAUUUCUCUACCUUCGAGAGGGAUUCGUUACCUAUGGUAGAAGGCACAGUGUGGCACCUACUUCUGGUGCCAACAAGAGAUCCACGCUCCAUCCCCCUAUUCAAACCGACCGACAGUCUCACUACCUUGUGGACAUCUUGACUGAUCACCAGUACAUGAUCGACAUGGAGGGCAAGGUAGCAGUGGAAUUCGAACCCUACAGCUUCUACUGGUUCUCAAUGGGUGAGAUUACUACACUCACCGCUGAUUUUGGACCAAGAUCUAGGGACCUUAGAAGGAAGUCAAUCAGUAGCAGCAGCAGCAUCAGCAGCGUUGCCACGCCUUAUCUCCUUCCAAAGCCAUCCAAUCUCACUGAUAUCUAA